AAUCAACUCCUUGAAAAUCUUGCUUAGUGAAAGAGCCACAUUUUCCUCUGAUCUUAGGUCACUCAUGAAAUCACGGAUCUCUACCCAAAUUCAGCAUCUGUUUAAAUAAAUUUCCUCAAUCCUCACCUUCUCCUACUCGCUCGCUCCACUCUUUUGAGAACAAAAAAGGCAUCAUCAAUCUUCCCAAGUUCUUGCCUCUCAAAUCUUUUCUUUGUCUUCCUUCGGGUCGAUAUAUGCCACUGAAGGUUGGAUCACAUCUCUCCAGUAUCUUCCCAGAGUAAGAAGUAAGAACCAAUAUCCCUCCAACAUUGAAAUUCUUUUCAGAGAUAAGUUUCCCCACUAUCAUCUCACUCUUUUUACUUUCUGCCGUGCCUCUCUUCGGUUUAAAUUGGAGGAGUGAAUCUGAUACACUGAGAGAGGCUGUAUUUUGUAAGUGCAGGAAAAUCCACAAAGAAUUCGCCGGGACUCAAAGGGAAGGGUUGAGAGCGAAAAGUAAGCGAGAGAAGUCAUCUUUCUUGUUAUGCGCGACGAUUCGACCUAGUUAACGAUGAGUUUUGAUAACAUUUUUAACAUACAUAGAAACUACUUAAAAUCUGAAUAAAAUUACUUGAAAAAGUACGAACUCAAUUGUUAAAAUUCGUGGUACAAAACCUCGUAUUCACUAAAUUAAAGCGGCUUACAAAUUAAUGCUACAAACCCCUAAAGUUAAUAAAAACAAUUUCACGUAAAUUCGCCAUACAUAAAAUAUCACUCACGGAAACAAUAGAAUCCGAUUGUCUUGUCGAGAAACUCAUCUUUCACUAACCGCGCCAAAUUUUUUUUUUUUUUUUACCGCGAUAUUUUACCACCACAAGCCAAAUUAUCCAAACAACGCGACUGUUGAGGUUUUGAACCAUUGCCAGAUACAUUGCAUCCAUAUGAAAAAGAAAAAAAAAAACACACGCACGCAGAACAUAUCAGAAUAGAUCAUCACUUUUAGGAGUGUUAAUUAUUCUCCGUCUCAAGAUUCAAGAAACUGCUCCCUUUGAAAGAACCACACACAAAAAAAAAAAAAAAAUGCCGCCGCCGCCGACAGAAGAUGAAGUAAACAAAGGAGGAGAUCACGCCGACGAACAGACAUCCCCAGUGGAGGAGACAGCCGCAUCGGAGGUGGCGGCGGCUGUAAUAACCACAACAGUACCCCACCCUCCUCCUUCGGCCGAGGCAGUGGCUAGGGCGGCGGCCGCGCUGCAGGCCGCGUUCAGCCAACCGCUGCAGCCGCCGCCGCCGCCAAAGGGCAAAAGAAAGAGCAGGGACAUCCUCGACGUGCCGUCAAGGGAUCCGACGUGUCACGAGUGCGGGAAGAAAUUCGGCAAUUGGAAGGCGGUGUUCGGGCACCUGAGAGUGCAUGCGGGCAGGCCCUUCCGCGGCGCGUUCCCUCCGCCCGUGGGCCCAGAUUGGACGGCGUCGUCUUCGUCGGUUCCGGACAAUUCGCAACGGUGGCCGCAACAGGAACCGAGGCUAGGGCUUGGUAUUGACCUCAACGUUCCUUAUAUGCCGAUGAUCAACGAUGAUGAUGAUGGUGAUGAGGUCGAUGUGACGGACCCGAAACGGGUUCGGAUACUUGAGAUGAACAGGCGCGCGCUCGAGGAGGCGACGGCUAAGAAAGACGGCGGUGGUGGUGGGAACCGGGAGACCGAUGAGGAGGAGGAGGAGGAGGAGAGAGACGGUGACAAAGGCGCAGAGCAGAGGGAGUAGAAAAGAGUGUAGGAAAAAAAAAAAUAUGAUCGAAGGCUCAUUUUGAGGUAUUGUGAUCAAAACCCUAAUACUUUCAUUUCUGUUUCCUGUUUGUUUUUUUAAGAAUAGAUGUUGAAAAACAGGUGAAAACAACAUUUCUUUCGUUUUCAAAAACGGCGGUAAUUUGCCACUUUUUAUUUUCUUAAUUGGAAAACUAAUAGUGAACAGAAUGAAAAGGUAAACAAGUUUUCUUGUUUCAGUUGUCAAAUUUAUAACGUGAAAACAAGAAACAGGAAACGAAAAAUGAAAGUGUUGUAAUGGUGGGUAUGGAUCAUUUGAUCAACAUGCAUUGUAUCAGGAAAACAACAAAUUACAAUGUGAAUGAGACCAUUAAUCGGCGAGGAGGAAGAGAAGAAGGCGCUAAGAAGUAGUACAACGCUAUAGAUUCGUAGUCUCGAGAUUGUGAUCAAGUCUUGUUGCUCUUUCUUUCUUUUAUACAUCUUUUUUCUCUUUGGUUUGGAUGAAUAGGUCUUGUUGUUCUUCUUGGGCACUUGUUGUUUGUAUACUUUAUCGGUUGGUUAUGUGUAGGGUAGUGGGUGAUUAGACUUGCUCAUGCUUCAUUACAACUAUAUCUUCCGGUCAACCUUGAGUUUUAAAAUAUAUGUCGUGCAAAGAUUUUGUUUCGGCUCAUGCAAAUGUACGUUUUUUUAAUCUAAUGAACUAUUUAUGAUUCAUUGUCGUUUAGAGAAAUUUCGUUGGCAAUUGUCGAUAUAGUUGUAGGUAAGCUAAAAUCAUGAGUGAUCAUGGUUUAGUCACAUAUUCAAGUAUGUGGGGCAUAGUUUUGAACGUAUUUAUUGUCUUCGUCAUUCUAAAAAAAAUUAUGAGUUGUAUUGGAAGAUCUAUUACAUGAAUAAAUUGUAGUAUGAAAUCAUUGGUACAUUUAUUUUCUUAGAUCAAGAUGUAUGUUUGGGGGGUUAGAUCCCAAAAUGCAUACCUUGGUUUCGAAACCAUGAAAAGGGAUUUCUCAAUGUGAUUUUUAUCUCCAGUCUCCACACUUGUCUGGUUGACCUUGUUCUAAUUUUCAAAAUCAUGUUAGGUCAAACUCGAUUUAGCUCAACUUAUUUGUCGUCCUUAAAACUAUAGUAUAGUAAAUUAAUGGUACAGCAAUGAAUAAGAUUUGGAUAA